AUGAAUAUUAAAGUAUUGAUCCUGACCUUAUUGGUCGCUCUUGUAACAAGUUAAUAGUAUAGUAUUUCUUAAUGUGAUUGUUCCUAAUUGCUUUCAGAAGAAGAUUGCUAAAAAAAUGAUAUGAUAAAAUGUUAAUGGGAUAGUACAAAGAAUACAUGUAAAAAUUAGGAUACAACAAUUAACCCAGUCAUAAACUAUGCAAAAUAUUGUGAUAAUUUUAAAGAAAUGGAAUGUCCAAAACAAAAACCAUGUGGCAAUUGUGGAUCUUACUCUGCAUGUGCUUGGGUCGAAGGAUAGUGUACAUUUUUUACAGAUUGCACAGUAUUCAACAAAACAACAGAUUCAGAUUGUUAAGCUAUUAGUAAUAAAUGUAUUACUGAUGGAGUUCAUUGUGUUGAAAUUGAUAAUUGUGACAAAUAUAAAAAACAAUAAUCUUGUGUAAAAAACUUAUUAGAUAAUUUUUGUUAUUGGGAUACAAAAAAUAAUAAUUGUGUUGAUGCUGAUACUUGUGAUAAAUUACCAAUUAAAUUCCAACCCCAUACCAAGACCUGUAGACAUGAAAUACAAAGUUGUACUGCAAAAUCAGGAGGUGGAUGUAUUGAUAGUGGAAUUAAUUGUAGUGAUUAAAGUUUAGAAAUUUAAUGUGUUUGGGAUUAAUCAAUGAAAAUGGAAUGUUAUUGGAAUGGAACAUAAUGUAAAGAUAGAAUAUGUGAUAAUGCACCUACUACUUUAAAUAGUGACGAUGCUUGUAAAUUAUUCAAAACUGAUGGAUCAUGUACUACAAAACUUAAUGGUGGAUGUAUUACUAGAACUACUUGUUAAGCUGCUACAAUAUCAGCCGCUUGUAUUAAAAAUAGUAAAAAUGAAGAUUGUUAUUGGACUGGAACUGCAUGUGUGGAUAAAAUAUGUUCAAAUGCACCAACUACAUUAACAACUAAUUCAGCUUGUGCUGCAUUUUCAAAAGGAUGCAUAACUAAGUAAGGGGGAGGAUGUGUUCUAAAUGGAGAUUGCUCAGCUGCUAAUAUUUCAACCGCAUGUGUUAAAAACAUCAAUAACUUUGAUUGUAUAUGGGAUUCAACUUGUAAAGAAAAAACAUGUGUAAAUGCUCCAAAAUCUAAUACUACUCAUGAUUAAUGUACUUCUUAUUUAUCAACAUGUACAGUUUAAUCAGGAGGAGGAUGUCAAAAGAGAACAUGUGACAAUGCUCCUAUAACAUUGAAUACAAAUGAUGCAUGUGAAACAUAUUUACCUGCAAAUAAAUGUAUUACCAAAAAUGGAGGUGGAUGUACAAUUAACACCACUUGUUCACUUAUCUCAAUAGAAGUUGCUUGUAUCAAAAAUUCAUUAGGCUAACCUUGCUUUUGGCAUGCUGCUAGUGGAAGUUGCAAAGAUAGGAUUUGUGCAAAUGCUCCCUCUAGUAAUAAUAAUCACGAAACUUUGUUAAUCUUUUUUGAAUACAUGUACUGUGAAUUCUACAAAUACAGGAUGUGUAGAAAAAACAUGUGA